UCCUGGGACAGCUGAGGAGAGCCAUCACCAUGAUCCCUGCACUGCUGUUGCUGGGUCUUUCAGCCCUUGUUGCUCCAUCCAUGAGUUACAGUUGCUAUGGUGAUAUAAGUGCUCUUCAAGCCCCUACAAUCUCCUGUACACCUGUAAGAACCUCUGAUUGUGGAUAUGCCAUGAUAAGGAGAGCUGCUGAGGCAGACCUCGUACGUCUGAGGAGAUAUGAGAUCCCAAUUAAGAGAGUAGCCAGAAACCUGUGCUUGGACCCAGCGCUCAUUGGUGCCAUCAUGUCCCAGGAGAGCCGGGUUGGCCUGCUCCUGGACAACGGCUGGGACCGGGGACGGCAGAAGUACGGCCUGAUGCAGAUCAGCAGGCAGCAACUGCAACCUUAUGUGGCGUGGGAUAGUGAAGAACACAUAAAUCAGUGCUCAAAUAUCCUGGUUCUUUCCAUUAAUGAAGUACGGGCAAGGCAUCCUACCUGGACCUGGGACCGGCAGCUGAGAGGGGGAAUCUGCACCUACCAUGCAAAAAUGGGCAAUGUCCAGGUCUACGAGGCAGACCCGUGCAGCAGAGACUACAACUACGUCAACGGCGUGAUUAGGCGAGCCCAGUACUUUAAGAGAAAUGGAUUCUAGAUCAUAAACCCACCCUGCCACUGAGCCUCCCCUCUGCAGACUGGCCCAGCAGUGAUUGUAGUACCCAGAGCAGUUCCUCAGGUCUCCUGGCAGGACCAAUGCUGGUGGCAUUGCUGAUGCCACCUUAAUUGCUCCUGCAAAUCCCAGCCCCACUCGCUGAUGGGUGAGCUCAGCACUGCCUUCCAGGAGACCCCCAGCUCAGGGCCUUUGAAAGGCAGAUGGGGACAGACCAGCAAUGUUUAAAUUUUGAAUGAGGAAGGUGACUCUUCCUGUUCAAAGCUGCACCCCGGGCCUCUUUGUGCAUCGCCCAGACAUAGACACAAACAGCUCUCCCUGGUCAUCAGCUGUGCUCUUCCCAUCUUCAUCCAUCUCCUUCCCUCUCCAUGGCCAACGCAGGGAUAAAUACCUUGCUUUCCUUCCCUUGGUGCUGCUGAUUAAGGAGCAAUGAACAGACUUCUCAGUGAGCCUUUGGUCUCUGCAGUAGCUGAGUGCUUUUGCAGUCAACCUUGAGGGGGACAAUACUAAACUAUGCUUUGGUUGGUCUCCUGAGUACAUGGCCAUGGUACAACUGGGGACCUCAUCAGGGCAUCUGUAUGGAAAAUAUUGUAAGUGCCACAGCACUUACAAAGACAAAAUGCCUUUCCAUCAGAGGGCAGCCCUUGGAGCAGGAGUCAGCCCCAUACCUACCCACAUCAGGAGCUGUAUCACAGCAAUAGUUUUGGUAAAAAAACCUUACAAGCUUUCCUGCUUUAGCUUUGGCACAUUUAUGCUGAGUUUCCUCCAAAUUUAAAAGCACUUCAGCAUCUGUCUCUCUGCCAGGAAUCCCAGUUUCUAAUAGAAGUGAAUGAGCUCUGGUCUGUUUGAAAGUAGAUGGGUCACUCAGUGCCAAUUUAUUAAUUAGAGAAAAAUAAUGAGAAUAAGAUAGAAAUAAAGAUAAAUGUUAAAUCCCAGUGUUUAAUUUUUUUUCAGUUUCAUGGGGCUCAGUGGGUAGCAAUCUACAACUUGAGUAAAUAACCCCAUUCAGUACACUUGGAAGGGGUCUAAAACUCAGUUUGAGAACAGGGAGAAGACUAUGGUGCUGCAGACUGGAUAGGUCAGAAGAGCUGGGCCUGGCUGCUGACCCAAACUUGUGAACAUGGUCAAAGGAAUGUUCACAUUUAGCCUUUCAAAUUACCAUUUUGGAGGUGGCAGGGUACUUUUCUUCCAGCUGCCACCACUGCUGAUGCAGGAGCAAUAUGCCUAGCAGUCCUUGCCUGGCAGAAAGGGGCAGUGCUGUGCACGUGCCUGGGCUGCCAGGCAGGGUCAACACAGGCAGCAUGAGAGCUGGACUGAAGACAGCUUUUGCCAGCAGAGCAAUUUUAACUCUGUGCCACUUGUCUUGCCAGUCACUCAUCUGCUUACCAUCAUGGCAAGGACUCUGCAUGUUCGACAUACAGUACAAGCAAACUCCUUUUAUCACCUCUGGAGACCAGAGGGAAUGCUAGUUUGUCUCAAAUGUCACUGAUUUUUUUUUAAGACUACUAUAAACAGUUCAGCAUUGAGCAGCCACAGAUAUUGAGCUAUAUUUUAUCUAGUCUUUGUGAAUUCUGCACUAUAUUAAUAUAAUUUUACUAAAAUCGUUACUUUGUAAUACAAACUUAUGGAAUGUAUCACAUGGUUGUCUACUUGACAUAACUUAUAUAAAAUUCAUAGGAUAAAGCCUUUGGUGCAUUAUGUUAUGUAAAUCUCUAUGUUACAUAAACCUCUUAUGUAAAGCCUAUGAAUGAAUUUUUGUAUAAACUUCAGAUGGGGCAGGGAAUCUCAUUGCUGCCUAUGUGUACAAAGCUGGAGGGUGAAUUCCAAGGAUGAAUAAAAAUGCAGCUUUCUUCAUGUCAUCCUCACUUGCUGCCAGCAAGCUCCUUGUCACCACUACUGGUGCUGCCAACCCUGCAGAUCUCUGAGCUCCUCAGGAGUCCAAUUUGUGCAAGUGUUACCUAUGGAGCUGCUGCUUCAUGUUGUGGUAGCAACACCCAAGGGCCUGCAGACCUGCCUGCUGAAUUGGGCAGCAUCACCACGAAGGAUUAUUUAUAUUUUGAAGUCUAUUUAAAAUUCCAAGUUAUGGAAAUUCCGUAUUUUGUUCCAAAUGUUGUUUAGGGUAACAGCAUUUGGCAGUGAGUACAGAAAAUCUCUGCAGAAAAUGAGUUAAAGCUUGUUAAAUUGGUAGGAAGGAGUAAAUAAUUAAGGAAAGUCUACCAGUAGCAUGGUGCAUUAUGAUUUGAGCAAAAAGUUUCCAGAAAAAUAAUGAGUUCAGUCUGUUGUUCCCCUCUGAUCUUUUUCUGGUCACCUUUCACACUGCUGAAUCAAAAUCAGCAGUCAGCAAAUGGAAAACAAACUGAAAAAACAGCAGACAAGAAAGAAAAACCUUCUCUUUUGGGGUCCUGUGAUUUGGUUUUACAACUGAUCUUACUACUGGGAAAUCUAUUCAG